ACAGGUCACAAUAAAAUCACUAAAAAAUUGUUCGUUUAACAAGCCAAUUAAAUUGAACUUUUUCAAGUCGAUCAUUCAAAUACGAUAUUGUAUAAGACUUCAAACAUUAUAAAUAUGAAAUUUUUAUAAGUUAUAACAAUGUCAUUUGCUUUGGUGAACGUUUUGGUAGCUCAUAUAGAUAGCUAUUAUCGAGAGGUGGUUGAUACAAACGCAGACAUCAAGUGUGCAGGAGACUUUAUGUGGGAAGCAAUAAGAUUCAUCAUUUCCCUUAAUAAAUAUUCGAUGGAGGAACUGGCAUUUAUGUUGGCAGUACCUGAGCUAGCAGACAGGCACUCACCGAGAAAUAAAAAUUGCCAGAUUGAAGUGCGAGAACAUAUAUUGAGUGCAGUAGGUAUCAGCGCAUGUGUAAUGUUUAAAGACGAUUUGGAUUGUAACGUUGAUCUGUCAUUUUAUGGAAAUAAAAGAUGAGAAAUGAUUUUAAAGGCUAUCAAAAAAUUAAUUCAAUCUCAACAAAGAGGAGACAUACAAGAAUUCGAAAAUUUUUCAAACACGUGUUGUUUAAUAGGAUUGUUCAGAAGCGUAAAAUUUCCAGAUUCAUAUGUAAGGUAUGCUAAUGUCGAAAUGAUGGAAAUUGUUCUCUAGAAACUAUAAAUGGGACGACCACCGUAUACAAAUCCUUUGGUGGCAUAAUUUGGCAAAUAAACGAAAAUAAAUCUCCAAAACAGCCAAUAGUUGAUCAGUUUCAAUAAUUUGGACCUAUUAUUUGGAUAACUUUUUUUAUAGUAUUGUUGUUGUUAUAUUUAAAUACAUUUUACA